CUAUCGACCGAGCAGCAAGCUGAUUUGCUUGUUUCGUACGCGAUGUUCUUAGCAUCGUCGAAAAUAUUUACUAUUCGCCGGGAGCGUACGACAAUGCACGCGUGUUGAGUUAAAUACCUGACAUACGAGCGUCAUUCACGAAAUACGAGCUACAUUUUUCGAACGCGAUCGACGUGAUAUUCGAAACGGCGGGAGAUCUGUCGUGGAUAAGAGCAGAGAAGAGGUUAUAUGCACUUUUGAUGCUGUGCGUCGUGUUGUGAAGAGUGGUGAACGCUUUUGUGUCUCAGCGACAGGAACACACUGCUCGCUACAAGUUAGAACAAGUGUAGGAAGCGGGCGAUCGCCCCUCGAGAGCAUAAAUGGCACUGCUAUUUACCAGCAUGUUGGACUCGACAAUGUUCCUCAGCACCUUAACCCCAAAAUUCUACGUCGCCCUCACCGGCACCUCAUCCCUCAUCUCUGGCUUGAUCCUCAUCUUCGAGUGGUGGUAUUUCAGGAAGUACGGUACCUCGUUUAUCGAGCAGGUAUCUCUAAAUCACAUCUCACCAUGGAUUGGCGGCGGUGACAGUGCUAACGAUAACAAUAACUCGAAUAUCAACGGCUCCAAUGGUUCCUCGAAUCAACAGAAUGUGCCAGAGUGCAAGGUCUGGCGCAAUCCGAUCAAUUUGUUCAGAGGUGCGGAAUAUCAGAGAUUUUACUGGGCUACGAACAAGGAGCCUUUGACAUACUAUGACAUGAAUCUGUCUGCUCAGGAUCAUCAGACAUUCUUCACUUGUGAAGGUGAUACAGGUAAAGCUGAAUAUGAGAUCAUGCAAACAGCUUGGAGAGAGCGCAAUCCAGUAGUGAGAAUACAAGCUGCACAUAGCGCUCUUGAUCGUAAUCCUGAUUGUGCACCAGCUUAUAUUCUUCUCGCAGAGGAAGAGGCCACUACAAUUGUAGAAGCAGAGAAAAUCCUAAAGCAAGCUCUAAAAGUGGCCGAGAAUAAUUACAGAAAGUCGCAGAAUACCCAGCAUCAGGGUUCCAUAGCCGAAGCGAUACACAGGAGGGACACAAACGUGCUGAUUUAUAUCAAAAGAAGAUUAGCGAUGUGCGCGAGAAAGCUGGGUAAGUUGAAGGAGGCGGUAAAGAUGUUUCGCGAUCUCACGAAAGAGGUACCACCGAUCAUGAACGUUUUGAACAUCCACGAAAAUCUCAUCGAGACCUUGCUGGAGAUGCAAGCGUACGCAGAUGUACAGGCCGUACUGGCCAAGUACGAUGAUAUCAGCCUGCCAAAGUCAGCGACCAUUUGUUACACAGCGGCGUUGUUGAAAGCGCGGCUCGUGGCGGACAAGUUUUCAGCUGACAUUGCUGGUAAACGGGGUCUGACCACCGCAGAGAUGUCAGCGGUGGAGGCCAUUCAUCGAGCCGUGGAGUUCAAUCCUCAUGUACCCAAGUAUCUACUGGAGAUGAAACCGCUCAUCCUGCCUCCUGAACACGUACUAAAGCGCGGCGACUCCGAGGCGAUCGCGUAUGCGUUCUUCCACUUGGCGCACUGGAAGCAGAUAGAAGGCGCCCUGAAUCUACUUCACUGCACAUGGGAAGGCACGUUCAGGAUGUUACCUUAUCCGCUCGAGCGCGGACACCUGUUCUAUCCAUAUCCAACAUGCACCGAGUGUGCCGACCGAGAGCUUCUACCAUCAUUUCACGACGUCAGCGUCUACCCGAAGAAGGAGCUGCCCUUCUUCAUCCUAUUCACGGCUGGUCUAUGCUCGUUCACGGCACUGUUGGCUCUGCUGACCCAUCAGUAUCCCGAUACUAUGGGCGUAGUUGCUCGUGCGAUACUCGGGUGGUUUUCCAAUCCAUUUUAUUAUAUUCUUGACAAGCUAGAAGCUAUCUUACCCUCUAAUUUAUUGCAACAACUCUCUAGAAUAUAAGGCUGUGUUUUCAAAUGAUCUCCAUUAAACUACAGUUUGGUCCUUUUAUUUUUAACUCAUUAGAAUUGAGCGGACCCUUUAUUUUAAACUUUUGCUUGAACCUUUGCUGUUCUAAUAACACAUGCAAAGAUAAAUACUGAAUGGUAAAGAUAUUUGAGAGAGCAACAGAAAUUGUGCUUCGAAAAUCUUUCUUUCAGAAGAAAAAGUUUAGAUUUCAGAGUUCUAUUGAUUUUUAUUAACAACCACAGAAUUCUCUGGUUGUUAAUAGAAAAAAAGAGCUAAGAAGAAAUUAAAUUAACAAUAAAGGGACCUGAUUGUAUAAAACUUAUUGUGAUACUCGCAAUAUACUUAUUGCUUUCUCCCAUUUGUCUCCAACUUCGUAGCCCCAGUGUAUACAUAAAAUGUGUACAAGCUCCAAUUUGCAACUUUUUCAUGACUGAUAUCUUGUAGUAAUGAUUGUUUACUUAGUACUGUAAGCUCGAUUGAUUUUACGAAAUGCAAAUGAAUGUCAAACUUAAUAAAAAGAAUUUAGACAUCUUA